CUUGAGAGAGAGAGGUUUCUAAACAAGUACAUCCUUGGGAAAGAACUGGGAGAGAGAAAAUAAAUUCCAUCUCUUUUAUUUAUAUGACAGUUUCCUUGCUGGAUGCCCUGCAGUGCUAUAAGCUGUAGAGCUUUGGUUAGCAUAAAACAAAUCUUCCCAAAUAUUUGUAGCUAAAAAGCUAGGAGAAACUGAUUGUUGAAAUAUCCUGAAAUUUGGGGGUUGGAAGGGUUUUCCUUGAAAUCAGGUGAUACCAGUGGAUGUGAAUAAUUCAGUCAAUGUGUGCAAGAAUGUUAAAGCAGUUCUUCAGAAACAAUGCAUAUAAUUUUAAAUCACUUUUUAACUCUAAGGUUUUCUACCUGGCUCAAUGCAGUGGGUAGCAAUAAACAUAUAUCGGAUUAAAAUCUGCUAAAAAGUUUCUAAAACCAGACUAUUAAUAGCUAAAGUAAAUGCAAGUAGCUGAAGUAAAUGUGAGAUUGUGUCAGGAAGAAAGGUCUUCUAAGUCCAUUUGAUUGUCAUGCCUUAUUUGCUGAAUCUGCUUAAUGUUUCCAUGUGACUUCCCUGACCACACAUCAUAAAGCUGGGUUAAGCUGCUAAGUCUCUCUUCAGCAAAACCAGUUAAGUAGUCUGUAUCUUUGUCUCCACAGCUUGUAUAGUUAAAGUGCCAUGCAGAAAGCAGUGCACAUAUACAGCUGCUUUUGUUUUUCUGAUUUUAAUUGUUGCAGACACAUUGAUAAUCUUUAGUAAAAGAUAUUAAUAUGUCUGAAUAUUGAAGCCUGAUAAAGAACUGAAGUUUUCUUCUUGUUGCUCCAAUGAUAUCAAAUGAUGGUAUCGUCAGACUCUUGGUAUCCGUUUAAUCUUCUCUGGAAAAGAAUUUUUCAUGUACCUGCCUCACAAACUAACAUAAGCUUUUCUUAUGCUACAGUUAUUAAUACUAAUAUUGGUAAACCUCAUGUGCUAAUAGGUUAUUUGCUGUAUACUCUUAAAAUCCUGCUAUCUGGGAGACUCUCAGUUGUCCUUUGGCUGUUUGCCCUGGAGAACCUAAGUGUUUCACUCAUAAAUGCUUAAGGAUACUCCUUAUCAUCUGCUCCCAGGUUUGCUCUGGUUUGCGCAGCAGGUCAAUUUCUGCCAGGCUGGGCAACAAGAAGGGGGCCUGCAGGAGGUUGGGCUUCAGCUUCUUCUAGCAGAGGCAACACUUAACGAAGUAUACACAUCACUGAUGUCCAUCCUGCGGAGAAAUGAACUGUGAGAAAAUCCAAGCAAACAUGUUCCAACUGUUCAUAGAGAGGAUUGCCUCAACCAAGUGGUUGGUACUAAAAUGAUAUGGGUGGCAGUCAUUGGUGAUUGGUUCAACCUCAUAUUUAAAUGGAUUUUAUUUGGCCAUCGCCCAUACUGGUGGGUGCAAGAAACAAUGAUUUAUCCCAAUCAGUCAAGCCCAUGCCUUGAACAGUUUCCUAUAACAUGUGAAACUGGACCAGGAAGCCCAUCCGGACAUGCAAUGGGAUCUUCGUGUGUCUGGUAUGUAAUGGUCACUGCAGCACUUAGCUACACAGUUAGAUGGAAAAAUAAAUCAGCAGUUAGCCUUCACAGACUGACAUGGUCAUUCCUCUGGAGUAUUUUUUGGAUUAUCCAGAUCAGUGUGUGCAUCUCAAGAGUAUUCAUAGCAACGCAUUUCCCUCAUCAAGUUGUUAUCGGAGUAUUUGCUGGCAUUCUGGUGGCAGAAGCAUUUGAGCAUACAUCUGCUAUUCAGACAGCGAGCUUGGGAAUGUACAUCAAGACAAACUUGUUUCUUUUCAUCUUUGCCCUUGGCUUUUAUCUAGUCCUCAAACUUCUUGAUAUUGACUUGCUAUGGUCUGUUCCAAAGGCCAAGAAGUGGUGUGCCAACCCAGACUGGAUAAACAUUGACACAACUCCAUUUGCUGGACUGGUGAGGAAUUUAGGUGCACUCUUUGGCUUAGGUCUCGGAAUUAAUUCUGAAAUGUUCGUCACGAGCUGCAGAGGUAAAAAUAGCUGUAAGAUAAGUUUCCGUGUGGUGUGUAUAGCUGCUUCUUUAGCUACGCUGCAGCUGUAUAAUUUUGUUAAGAUACCUACUCAUACUGAAUAUUUGUUCUACAUUCUCUCUUUUUGUAAGAGUGCAGCUAUGCCUCUGACCGUAGUUGCCUUGGUUCCAUACUGUGUCCACUCAUUAAUGAGAACAACUGAAAAGAAACUUAAUUAGAUAGAGUUUCCAGAUGGUUAGCCAUGGGGGGGGGGUGGUGUGGAUAUGAACUGGUCAAGAACCCUCAACAAAAGGCAGUUUUGCCAAUUCAUUUUAUCCCAAGGGCAUGCCACUGCAUCUUGAUGUGAUUCUGGUAAGUAACUCGUGCAUCCAAUACCAGUGCAUUCAAGAAUGACCUUGCCAGCUCAGAAAUACUAACUGCUGAUUUUUUUUUUCCCUAGAAAUAUUGCAACCACACUGCAGUAUGGUUAGAAAUGACCCAAUACUCUGGGUUAUAGCAAAGUUUCAAAGUAUAAUCAAUUAGUUUUAUGUAGCUACUUGGUGGUCUUUUCGUUCUGUCCAUCUCCAGCUGGCUGAUGCUUUGAGCGUCAGUUAUACAUAGUGAUACUCAGUAUUUAAUUUUAUGUAUGUAUA